AUGGCUUCGAAAAUUGAGUACAGCUCCCUCCAACGGGAGACUUCCGAUGACGACCGGGCCUCUGCCGAAAAGAACAUGCCGCAAAGUGGGUCUUUGCCGCCGGACGGACAGCUACACUAUGGCGGAACCACGGCCGAACGUAUGUUUAGGUUCCAGGACUUCAAGUUUCUCAAGAUUUAUAUCUCUUGCAUCUCGGUAUACCUUCUUGCUGCGGUGGCGGCGGUUGUCUGGUCGUAUCAGGGACCCGCGGUGGACAGAGAUUACUACAUGCAACGCGUCUUUCGCACGCCAGACUCUUUGAAGGUCGACCAGCUUUACUCUGGUAUCGCCCUCUCAGCACUACUUGCCCCGGCGGGCAUGUUGGUCCAAUGGAUCAUGCACGACUUUCGACACCUUCGACUCUUUGCUCUCACGGCGCAGCGGCCUGUCCUCUUGGCGGACUUGGACAAGAUAGGAGACGACUCGAGUGCUUGGACGCUGCGGAUUCUGGGGAAAUACUCGUGGUGGUAUGCUGUCAUGCAGGCCGCGCUCAUCGUCAUCCGCACCUCGAUCGUUCCCGUCGGUACCCUUAUGCUCACCACCGGAGCCUUUUACGAAAACAUCACCGGGGUUGACGUUGUGGGAAUGCCCAUCCUUCCUUCAAACGACUCGUCUGUUACGAGAUUGGCCAACGCGAUGGGCUGGGACGGGCAGGGAACCUUCAAGCAGACUCUUGAUGACAACGACAACUUCCUUUCGCGAACCGUCUACACCUUUGUUGGGAACAUCGUCAGCCAAAGUGCGCUCGUCGACGUCUUCUCUGGCGUCAUUGGCCCCAUUCCGACGCACAACCUGACCUUCAACGUUAACACGACCUACCACGGCCUUAUCUUGUACCACUGGGAUGCCAACUGCGAAGCAGCAUCCGAAAUACCAUUCACCACCUCCAGCCUGCGCCUCUGGAACAGCGCAGCCAACAACUCCAUCAACAACGUUCCUAUCGGUGGCACCACAUACUUCAUCUCCGCGGGCCCCUCCUCGUCCCUCAAGGCCGAGACUCACACCAAUGAUAGCAGCCUUACACAGACUGCCGAGGGCCACUGGAUCUCCCGCACCAAGUGCACUCCCGAGUUCUCAUGGGAAGUCGGCGCCUGCACGUUCAACGGCACCUUGAUGACGGAUUGCGUGGGCAACCCAGGAUCGAACACCACCGCCAUCGAUACGGCGGCACUUAACGUUCUGAAGGACUACAUGACUGCUAUUCCUUGGUGGAUCUUCCGCGAGCAGCUCCAAAUCGUUGACAAAACGAUCGAUACUUUGUACGCGAUCCCCACAUCAGCAGACUGGGGCCACUUCUUUGGCAAUAUUGCACAGUCCAUCGCCGCCAUCUCGACAGCAGGGUACUUUGGCACCGCCAGCGUGCCUGCAGUGGCAAGGGUCAAGGAGGACGUGUACAUCAUGCGGACAGUGGUGCUGUGGAUCGUGCUGGCGAUGCUGAGCGUCGUCUUCUCUGUCAGUUGUCUGGAUAUCUGGAGGAGCAAGUCGCGCGGUCUGCCGUUCAGAGCAGCGACUUUCUUGGCUAUUGCCAAUGCCGUCAGAGGACCGUGGUGGGACCAGGAGUUGCAUGGAAGCUGUGCUGCUGAUGAGGUGACGAUGCAGAAGAGAAGUUCAGCAUCGGUCAUGUUUGGGGUUGAUGCGAAUAAUCCGUACCAUCUGGGGUUGCUGCCGGCGGUGCUACCGAUUCAGCGGGAUAGACCGUACUUUGGCAUCGGGAGACGCAAGGGACCUGAAAAAUCAUAG